GGGAAAAGCCACGCCCGUUGGCAAGUCGACUUUCUGGACAGAAGAACAAUGGCCCUCUACAACAAGGCAGGCGAGAUCCUCGACAAGCUGGAGGCUCAGAAGGGCACCAUACGCAGUCUUUGUCUCGCCGACGACGUCGCGGACAAGAAGAGGACCUACGCGUUGGUGUGCGAGUCGUUGAAAUAUAAGGAAGUACUGCAGCUUAUUAUAAAGCAAGCAGGCUUGCUGGAGGCGGAGAAGAGCAAAAAACUGAAAAAAGGGGUAGCCAACGUGCUAGUAUACGAUCUUCUCUUUGGACGAGGCAUCCAAACAGGGGGCGGCUACAAAGAGAUCAUAACCAAACACCGCACCCGGUUACAGGCGGAGCUGGCAAAGAUCAAGAUCAAGCGGAAAGUGAGGGAUAAUAAGGAUCUUAUACCAGCGCAUAUCCGUGAUGCCGUCGUUUUACCAAGAUGGGUUCGUGUCAACACGCUCGUGUCGUCGGUCAAGAAGGUUCUUGAUCGUUUCGAGAAGCUGGGAUACCGGAUCGACACAGAAACGCCGCCACCGGAGCUCAAAGGUCUAGUCCUCCAACAAGACAAACACAUCCCCGAACUCCUUGCCCUUCCCUCCUCCACCGACCUUCACGACAACCCCCUCCUCCUCGACGGGAGCAUCAUCAUCCAAGACAAAGCCAGUUGCUUCCCCGCAUACGUCCUCAACCCCCCACAAGGAGCAGUGUGCAUUGACGCGUGUGCGGCGCCGGGGAAUAAGACGUCGCAUUUGAGUGCGAUUAUGCGGAAUACGGGGAAGAUAUAUGCGUUUGAUAUGGAUAAACGGAGGUUGGGGAUUUUGCAGAGGUUGACGAAACGGGCAGGGUGUAAAAAUAUCGAUCCAACACUUGGCAACUUCCUCGAAACCAGCGGCUCCGACCCGCGCUUCAAAAACGUCGAGUAUAUCCUCCUCGACCCGUCAUGUUCGGGAUCCGGCAUUGUCGGGCGGAUGGAUCACUUGUUAGAAGGAAUACCCGCCGAAGAAAACGACUCCGAAAACCCCAGCACAACCCCCUCCACCACCGAAUCACGCAUAACCUCCCUCGCAACCUUCCAACUGUCCGCCCUCCUCCACGCUCUCACCUUCCCCUCCCUCAAAAAGGUAGUCUACUCAACCUGCUCUAAGCACCGCGAAGAGAACGAAGAGGUCGUUCGCGCUGUCCUCGAACAACAAUCCGACUUUGUGCUUGCGAAAGGGGUGUUUGAGGGAUGGGAGACGAGGGGGUGGACGCAGGAAGAUCCCCUGGGGGAGGGGU